AUGAUAUCUAACUUUGAUGAACCUUAUGUUAUCCUUGGAAGAUCACGUCGUAGAGUUUCAGAGUAUAAUUUUUUUCAUCACUACCAUGUUGUAGUAUUCUGUGAAACUAUUGAUUGGAAAUUUCAAGAACUAAAUAACCGCUUUGAUGAGGUGACAACUGAAUUGCUUCUUGGAGUUGCUUUCUUGAACCCAGUUAAUUCUUUUUCAAGUUUUGACAUUGAAAAGAUAUUGAGAUUAGCGAAGCUAUAUCCUGAUGAUUUUGAUAAAUAUUCUAUAGUUGACCUUCAUUUUCAACUUGAGAAUUACAUUGCUGAUGUCAAAGAUCAUGACAAAAGGUUUUUCGAUCUUAAGGGACUUGGUGAUCUUUCUAAGAAACUAGUAGAAACAAAGAAGCAUGGGACUUAUCCUCGUGUGUUUCGGCUAGUGAAAUUUGCUUUACUUUUGGUAGUUGCUACGGCUACGGUUGAAAGAGCUUUCUCAGCAAUGAAGUUGAUUAAGACUGACUUGCGUAAUCAAAUGGAUGAUGAGAUUUUAAAUGGUUGUUUGGUGCCUUAUAUAGAAAAAGAAGUAUUUAGUAAUAUUUCUAAUGAGGCUAUUAUGGAUACAUUUCAAAACAUGAAAACUCAUCGAGGAGAAUUGUAG